GAUUUAAAUCACUCUUUGCCUCGAAUCAGCUGCUGAUCUUAACAACAAUGGCAACGUUCGGCUUAAUUUCCCGACAAAAACUAGCCUUAAUCAAUCGACAAUGCGGCUUCCAGCGCCUGUUCUGCAGCGCCGGUGUCACCGCCAAGCUCAAGCCGGAAAUCACACUGGACGAAUCGAUCAGCCAGGCCCUGGAUGCGGGUCAGUACAAGCCGCGGAAGCACGAGGGUCGCUUGACCACCGGGGGUUGCGUCACCGUUCCCGGCCCGAUUGUCGCGGCGAUCGUCAAAAGCUGCAAGGACCACCCGGUGAAGGCGUUGCUCGCCGAGGGCCGCAAGUUGGACAAUUUUGUGCGCUCGAGGAAGCCUCCGAUGGAGCCGGAUGAGUUGAGGAGGAGGAUUAAUGAAGUCAGGCAUCGGGUUGGGGAGGAGUUUCGGGGGAAGGUGGCUGUGGAGGAGAUGAGCGAGGAGCAGAUAACUUAUAUAAAUAAGGUUGUGGAGGCGCAGUCGAAGAAGCGGGCCAAGCAGCAGAUUUACGCGUGGAAACCAGUGGAUUAUGACGCGUUUAAGGGUUUGCAGUAUUUGCUGGGGAGGUCGGCGGCGGAAUACGCGGUUUUGACGCGGAUAUUCGAGGAGAUUAAGAAGCGGGAUCCUGGGUUUAGGCCUAGGAGUUUGAUUGAUUUUGGGUCGGGUGUUGGAACGGGCACUUGGGCGGCUUCGAACCUGUGGAAGGAGCACAUCUUUGAGUACGUGUCGAUUGACGCUUCGGCGGAUAUGAACGACCUGGCGGAGUUGAUUUUGCGAGGCGGGGACGUUAAUAAGCCGAUGACGUUGAGGAACGUGUUUUAUCGGCAGUUCCUUCCGGCGACCUCCAAGUCCAAGUACGACCUGGUGAUGGCUGCUUUUUCGCUGUUUGAACUGCCUUCGGCGCGGAAUCGGCUGGACAUUGUCGGGAAUCUGUGGGACAAGUGCGACGGCUAUCUGGUGCUGGUCGAGCACGGAUCUUACGCGGGAUUUUCACUGAUUGAGGAAGCGCGGAGGUUUCUGCUGAAGAAGGUCGAAGACGGUGAGGGGGAGGAGCUGCACGUGUUUUCGCCCUGUCCGCACGAGCAGUCGUGUCCCCGGGUGACGCUGGACGACGGGACGCCGUGCAACUUUGAAAUGACCUACAACCAACUUCCGUUGGGUGGAACUGCCGGGGAGGCCGCCAAGUGCGUGUACUCGUACGUGGUGUUCAAGAAAGGUUCGCCCAGUGCCGAGCAGAGCAGGUUUCCGAGACUGGUGCGGCCAACGCUGGUCCGGUCGAAACAUGCCGUUUGUCGGAUGUGCACCGACGCGGGGAAGCUGCAGGAGGUCAUCUUUACCGCGAGCAAGCAUGGAAAGAACCUGUACCGAUGUGCGAAGGCUACCAAGUGGGGAGACCAGUUGCCAAUCAAAAUUGAAGAGAAGAGUUGAUUUUGUCGAUUGUAGAUUACGAUGAAUAAAACAUAGGGUUUAGAAAGGUUAAUAAGAUUAAUAAGAAA